AUGACAUACACACUCCCAGACAACGUUGGAAGACUAGGUGGUUACUCCAGGGCAGUAAUAUGGGAAAGAAGCCCUGAGAUCGACGUAACCAAAGGAUUCACCUUUGUAGGAACUGGAAAUCUCUACGUAGCACCACCGGAUGUGCUGAGACGUCAAGAAAAACACAACAAUCUAACGACACCAUCAGCUGAUGUGGAUUCUGGAGAAAUUGCUUGCGCCACAAUGCUUGGAGGAUACUGCGUUUUUUAUUUCACUUGUUUGAUUCCUAAAAUUCCUGAUUGCCCGCCAGAGCCUAACUUGGAUGCUGAUUUCCGUCAUGUGGUGAUGACAGCGAAGAAAAGUGCCUUUGCUUGGGCGCUUGAUCGCAACACUUGCCAUAUCGUUUGGGUUCAGCGCCGUCAUGGAUUCUCGCCUUCGCUGCUGAGAAAGCAGGACCGGGAGCUUGGAGAGAGGAGUACGGAGUGCAGACACAGAUGGGACGCGAAAUUUACACAAAACAUAGUCAAUGCAGAUAGUGUUCCAUUCCCCCUGGCACUUUCUACUCAGACAACAGCAGGUCGUGGAUGGGUGGCAUCGGAUGCAAGCACAGGCGACACCCUAUGGACCACUGCAAACCCGAGCAACGACUCGCCUCACGGGCCAGUCAACAUAGUCAAUGGGAUUCUUUUUGCAGGAUCUGUGCCUCCUAAUGGACCUCCCAAUGGCUUUGAUGCCAAUACUGGAAAAAUCUUGUGGUCAUUCAACACUGGCGCUACCGUCUAUGCGGGUUCAUCAAUUAGCUAUGGUUGUGUUUAA